CAUAACAAAGAAUCAGUCAGUCACAAAUACUGUUUGUGGACAGACGUUUGCGGUACUCCCUACUAAGAUAUAACAUAUUUUUAUUAUAACUACAGUAAACGACUUUUCGCAUUGAUAAAACUUUUGAAACGCGUGCAAAUAUUUGAUUGUUUUUAAUUAAAAUUUCUGGAAGAAUAAUUUUGAUUUCGAACAUGUUCUCUACAAGGAAGAGUGCAGAAAAAAUUCUGCAAUUUUACAAGAAUGAGUUGCGUCGGCAAAUCAGCAAGACAACUAGCGUCACUAACUCCGAUUCCAUGGCGCCCCGGCUGGACCAGCAAAACAUCAAGACACAAAAUGAAGAAACGGGACCGAAGAGGUUGCUGAAGUUGCAGAAAUAUCACAGAUUCCUGUCGACCCUCACUCCUCAGCAAAUGCCACUAGCUGCCCGUGGACUGGCCGUCUCCAAAGACCAGUCCCGGGAGUUCAUGGCUUGCUUCCCGGACAUCGUGAGGGACCUCACUGAAACUGGCAAGCAUAUUGACGUGCCGGAAGCCAGCAAGUGGUUGGCCAAGCUGUUGCAGUACAACGUCCCGAAUGGAAAAAAAAAUCGCGGUCUCGCGACUGUACUCGCUUACAAAAUGCUGGAAACACAAGAAAACUUGACACCAGAAAAUAUUCACUUGGCCAAUAUAAUGGGAUGGUGCACUGAAAUGUUUCAUACAUACCAACUUAUACUUAACGAUAUAAUGGAUGGUACGGAAAUGCGUCGCGGCGUUCCUUGCUGGUACCGUCAACCCAACGUCGGCCUUGGUGGUGUCAAUGAUGCGAGUAUGAUGCACUCCGCGAUGUAUUCAACCCUUAAACGUUACUUUUCGAACAAGCCCUACUACAAGAAUGUUAUGGAAAUGUUCAAUGAGAUGCUCUUGAAAUGCGCAAUCGGACAACACUUGACCAGACUAAUGUCAAAAACGAACAAACCAGACCUGGAACAGUUCACAAUGGAAAAGUAUGAAGCAAUCACGAAGUACAGGACGUCUUACUAUACAUUCCAAAUGCCCGUCGGUCUCGCUCUCCUCAUGGCCGGAGUGGACGACCCCGAGACACAUAGGCAAGCGAAGACCAUCUUAUUGGAAAUGGGAGAAUUUUUCCAAAUUCAAGAUGACUUCCUCGACUGCUUUGGAGAUCCAGCAGUGAUGGGCAAAAACGGAACUGACAUUCAAGACGGAAAGUGUACUUGGUUGGCAGUUGUCGCGCUCCAGAGGGCGUCAGCAGCGCAACGUCAGCUCAUGGAAGACCACUACGGCAGCUCCAAGCCUGAAGACGUUCAAAAAAUCAAAGACCUAUACGAAGAGCUUCAGUUACCUCACACAUACUCGGUCUACGAAGAGGCCACUUAUGAUCUCCUCAGAACACAAAUACAGCAAGUCACAAGAGGACUUCCGCACGAUUUAUUUUUCAAAAUUCUCGAUAAUAUCUUUAGGCGAAGCAUUUAAAUAAUAUUAUAAAGUGAUUAUUACUAACAUAGGAUUAUAUUUGGACUUAGAAUUAUAUUUUGACGUAGUUUAUUAUUGGGAUAAGCUCUUUGAAAAAAUAUUGCCAAUAUUAAUAUCGUUCAUCGAUUUAAAUGUAAAUUAGUGCAUGUAUAUUUAAUGCCCAUAUAUUUCUACUUAAAACAACAGCGUCCUUCUAUGCAUCAGUAUUAUAAGGUCUGAGAAAUUUUAUAUUCUUUGUUUGCCCUAAAUUUAAUUUAAUGGCUUAUAAAUUAAAUAAUUACCAAUGAAAUUGGCUGUAUUCAAUUGAGAUAAUGGCAGCAUAUUAUUAAACAAUUAGGGUUUACAUGAAAUACAAACUCUAAAAUUAUAUAAAACAGGGUUAGGCGUAUUUUUAAGAUAUAGUGGUAUAGCUACAAAUAUUGCUGUAAUGUAUAAGUGAUAUCUGAUUAGGAACAAGAAAAAGAAGUGUAUUUAA